ANGACCACAUAUUGCAAUUAAUGGCAAAGUUCUUAAAUCUUUUUCUGCUCUCCAUUUACAUUCGAUCCAUUCUCUUAGGUUUUCACGCCCAUGCACUCAAGCCUUAUGAUCACUUCUUUACAGAUGAGUGUCUAAUACACCCAUUGAAGCCACAGUAUGAGGGUGGAAAAAUUGUGAAUCCAGAACUGAAUGAAGGGUUAUUUGGUUGGGAAGCGUUCGGAGAUGCCAAAAUCGAGCAUAUGGAAUCCACUGACGGGAUUAACAAAUACAUUGGCGUGUUUGGGAGAAAUAAAACUUUUCAUAGUUUCAAACAGACAGUCUAUCUUGAAAAGGAAAAACUAUAUACCGUCUCAGCAUGGGUACAACUUAAAGGCCAUUCAAGAGCUGACGUGGCAGUAAUGGUGAAGACGAGCACAGGGUUUGAAAUUGGGGGUUGGGUCCUGGCAAAAAGUGGGUGCUGGUCAAUGUUGAAAGGUGGCUUCACGGUCAAUGUUUCUGGCCCAGCUGAAUUAUAUUUUGAGAGCAAAAAUCUCCAAGCUGAUAUUUUUGCAGAUAGCAUCUCUCUACAACCAUUUACUCUCCAAGAGUGGAAAUCCCAUCAACGAUAUAACGUCGAGAAGGUACGGAAAUCAGGUGUGAAGUUCAAUGUUUUGGACCAAUGGGGCCGUCCGGUGCGUAACGCAACCGUUAGAGUAACCCAAAAGCACCGACUAUUUCCCUUCGGUUGCGCCAUGAACAAAAACAUCCUCGACAACCUUGCUUACCAAAAAUGGUUCUUACCAAGAUUCAAGUACACCGUAUUCGAAAAUGAGCUAAAAUGGUACUCUACCGAAUACUUUCCUAACAACCCAGACUACUCAAUCUCUGACAAGCUCGUCCAAUUCGCCAAAUCCAACCGCAUUAAAAUUCGCGGCCACAACGUAUUCUGGGACGUUCCGGAUGAUCAGCCUUCUUGGGUCAAAGGACUUCCGCCAUAUGCCUUAUGGGGAGCUGCCAACAGGAGAAUAGAAUCGGUUAUGAAUAGAUACAAAGGCCAAGUCAUUCAGUGGGACGUGGUCAAUGAAAAUAUGCAUGGCCAGUAUUUCGAGAAUAAUUUGGGUAGUGGCGCGUCUUGUGAUUUCUAUAAGAUAGCCCACCAAAUUGACGGUACAGCGAUACCCUUUCUAAACGAUUACAACACCAUAGAACAGUGUUGGGACCCUUAUGCUUCGCCGUGGAAGUAUUUGCAGAAAAUUAAGGAGUUACGGAGUUGUAUUAGAAAAAUGGGUAUUGGGUUAGAGGGUCAUUUCACUUCUCUAAAUUUGCCCUACCUAAGGUCUGCACUUGAUGCAUAUUUCUUGGAACAAAUUCUGCGCGAGAUUCAUUCACAUCCCAAAGUAAAAGGCAUAAUGUUGUGGGCAGCUAUAAGUCCAUCUGGAUGCUAUCAAAUGUGUUUAACGGACUACAAUAAUUUCAGAAAUUUACCAACAGGGGACGUCGUGGAUAAUUUUAUUAGUAAUUUGACUCAUGCUGCAGAUUUGCCAGGAAGUACCGAUUCAAAUGGCAUUUACAAGACUCGGCUUUAUCAUGGUCAAUAUGAAGUCAUAGUCAAUCAUCCCAACGGACGCUCUACUUCAUUUCAAAUGGAUGUUCUUCCCAGACGAGAUAAACGAGGCGGACACGCAUUUUCAAUCUACAUAAAACAAAAUGGAAAAGGCAACACAGAUGUAGAAGAAAAGAAACAACAUAUAAGGAAAAAGUGCAUCAUGGUCAAAAAGCUCGCCUCCCAACCUAUUAUUCCCGGCUUUUACAAGAACCCAGGAGGACUCGCGGCGUGGCUGGUUCCUCACGGCAUGGUGGAGGGUGGCAUCACGGCGCGGAAGUCUUGGCACGGCAUGGAGAAUUUCGGCCAUUUAGCAAAGGUUUUGGAACAA